AUGUCGAGCCUUCUCGAGCCCAUCACCAUCGGCGGCAAGCUCGCGCUGAGAAAUCGCAUCGUCAUGGGUUCUAUGACACGCAACCGCUGUUUGGACGCGUACAAGCCUGGCCCAGCCCAGGUAAAGCACUACGCUGAUAGAGCUCGGGACGGAACUGGUUUGAUUGUGACUGAGGGCACUUUUGUUGAUUGGACCGGCUGCGACUGGAGUUACUCGCCAUUCAUGAUCAACGACCACCAUUCUAGGGCUUGGCGAAAAGUUACAGAUGCUGUGCAUGAAGUGGGAGGCAAGAUAUUCUUCCAGGCCUGGCAUGCAGGUCGCUGUCAGCAUGAUCAGAUGCCUAUCAUGAAGGAACAUGGUGGCCGAGUCUUGGCGCCUUCGAGCAUCAAAGCCGAUGCAGGUAAAUAUCGUGCUUUGCAAGGUGCUACAGGAUACACCGAAAACGUCGAGGAAAUUAAGGAUCCGCGGGAGGUCGUUGAAACCUAUAGACGUUCCAUGCAACUCGCUAAAAAGGCGGGCUUUGACGGCGUUGAGCUGUUGGCUCAAGGCGGGUACUUGCCACAGCAGUUCCUCAAUACGCGUGCGAACAAGCGGAUAGAUUCUUAUGGUGGCUCAGUGGAAAACAGGUCCCGUUUUCUUCUUCAGGUCGUCGAGGCUGCAAGUCAAGUAUUUGGCGGAUCCGGAUUUGUCUGUGUCAAGCUCAACCCUACGGAUUUCUACAAUGAUUCAAUUGUAGACUUUGACGAGAUGAAAGACACAUACAACUACUUGAUCAAAGAGCUAGUGUCCCUCAAGGUUGGAAUCGUUAACCUCUCUCGGCGUGGUAUCGAUUCAAAUGCGGGAACCGGUGACUUCUUCGGUCGAAGUGACCGCCCUUCUGGAUACCCUCUACCCCCAGGCUACGAUCCGGUACUUGAUUUCGGGAGACUGGUCAAGUUCCCGGGAAGCCCUUCCAUGCUCAUGGCCAACCAUGACUACACAGUAGAGGAGGCCGACAGAUUGGUCAAAGAAGGCAAACUUGAUAUGAUUACAUUCGGCAGACCCUUCAUCUAUAAUCCCGAUGUCGUCACCCGUAUUCAACAUGGAAUUCCUCUCGCUACCAACGAUCGCGGCCCGACUGUCCACUAUGGACCGUAUAAGACACCUGACGAAAACUACAACGACUGGCCGGCUGCUAAGAUCUAG